AGAUACGACAGCGAGCAUCUCUUGCCCAAUAGCGGCGCGGGGCGGAGUCUUUGCCGGCUCUGUAAAUCUGUAUGUUAGGACUCUGCGUUCCACUGAGCGCAGGAUGGCUACGGCGGCCGCAUCGGCGAGUAACACGGAGAGGGGCGUUUUGGAGGAAGAAUUCAAAUGGCUCCUGAAAGAGGAGGUCCAUUCUGUACUGAAACAGUUGCAGGACAUCUUGAAGGAAGCUUCCCGGAGGUUCACGCUUCCCACCGGUGUAGGUGAGGGCCCCGCCAAACAAGAGAGCUUUGCAGUGGGAGCCACAAGCUCGGAUCAAGUAAAGGGCAUAUUGACUCUCCAAGGGGACACCUUGUGUCAGGCUGAGGUGAAUCUGAAAACCCUGCGGACCAAUCAGCUCUUACACUUUGCCUUCCGUGAUGACAAGCAGUGGAAAAUGCAGCAGAUUCAAGAUGCUCGAAACCACGUCAACCAGGCCAUUUACUUACUGACCAACCGCGGAGAGAACUACACGUUCCAGACUGGGGCGGAGGUGUUGAAGCUGAUGGAUGCGGUAAUGCUUCAGCUGACCCGGGCUCGCAAUCGACUGACCACGCCAGCCACUAUGACCCUGCCAGAAGUAGCCACCAGUGGGCUCACGAAAAUGUUCACUCCCUCGCUCCCGUCUGACAUUCUGCUGAAUUUCUAUGUCAACGUGAACAAGCUGUGCCUGUUGGUGUACCAGCUGCAUGCCCUCCAGCCAAACUCCACCAAGAAUUUCCGACCAUCUGGCAGUGCCGUCUUGCAUAAUCCAGGAGCCAUGUUUGAACUGAACAGUCAGCGAUUUGAAGUCAGCCAUGUCCAUAAAGUGGAAUGCCUGGUGCCGUGGCUGAAUGAUGCUCUGGUCUUCUUCACCGUAUCACUGCAGCUCUGCCAGCAACUAAAGGACAAGAUCUCUGUGUUUUCCAGUUACUGGAACUUCAGAUCAUACUAAGGAGAAGCGUUGGUAGACUCCUCCCUUUUCCCUGGUGGCUUUAUAGACUGCUGCCUACACCGUGUUCUACACUAGCCAUUGGCCAGUUGGCUGUCGGGAUUCUGGGAAGAGAACCGUCAGCCAUUGUUUGAUCAUCCGCAGGUCGAUUCCCUGCAGUGAAACACUACAGACACACACUCGCUUCCACACAGACUGUCUGUGACGUUAUGGACCCUGCACCUACAUUUGUACACCGUCACGAUUAUCCUUGGCCUUGUGUUGCACCACUCUUGUAAAUGUUUAAUAUGUGUGUAUAUAUAUUGUAUUUAUUCACUUUGGGCACAUUUCACAGGGAUAAGGUACUAAUGAGACUAAUAAAGGGAGGCAUUGUCCUCAGAUGUUAAAGAGAUGGAGCGGGAUUAACUGAAGCAUCUGGCGCACACACACAACCACACCUUUGGUCAUGUGCAACAGAGUCUAUAUAAGCCUGCUCCAUCUGUUUGUGAGUUAGGGUUAAGGUGCCAUAGAUGUAGAGAUCCGCUCAUUUGGCGAUGUCGCCAAAUGAGUGGAUCUCUCCCUUAUAUGGCCACAUUAAAGUGGAUGAUAGGCUGAUCCGAUCGUGAGCCCUAGGGCCCAACAAUCGGAUCAGAAUGAAUUGGAUACGGGCGGUUGGAUUGCGGGGCUGCAUAGACACACAGAUUUUUAACCUGCCUGAUCGACAUCUGCCCGACUUUGGGCCAGAUGUCGAUCGGGAAAGCCCGUCGAAUGACUCGUUCUGUCUGCAUCUUUUAUCCCCGUCUUUGGGGGCCUUUAGUAUGGUAGUCCAGAUCCAAUCAAGUCAUAGUAGCCUGCACGGCGACUGGAAAGUGCUGAAUCAUCAGAUACAGGUAGAAUUCUAUUGUUUCUGUCUCUAUAUCUGACAAUUCAGUUCUACACAUGGCCAUAGACAUAGCAAUUACGAUCUUUCUUGGAAAACAUGUUCCAAGAAAGAUUGUUUGUUUCAAUACACACGUGUAGAGCUGAAUCGUCAGAUAUACAGAGAAAAAUAAUAGAAUUCUACCUGUACAGGUAUAGGAUCCCUUAUCCGGAAACCCGAUAUCCAGAAAGCUCCGAAUUACGGAAUGGCUCUCAUUUUAUCCAAAUAAUCCAAAUUUUUAAAAAUGAUUUCCUUUUUCUGUGUAAUAAUAAAACAGUAACUUGUACUUGAUCCCAACUAAGAUAUAAUUAAUCCUUAUUGGAAGCAAAACCAGCCUAUUGGGUUUAUUUCAUGUUUAAAUGAAUAUCUAGUAGACUUAAGGCAUGAAGACCCAAAUUACAGAAAGAUCCGUUAUCUGGAAAACCCCAGGUCCCGAUCAUUCUGGAUAACAGGUCCCAUACCUGUAUCUGACAAUUCAGCACUAACAAUGGCCGAUGUGCUUUCAAAGGCGCCCAAUCAAAAUUUUCCUUCCGAUGAGCUGACCGAUAUCCAAGACUUCUGCCGAUAUUGGUCGUCUCGUCUCCCACCAUAGACGCACCGAAUAUCGUAUGAAAACUCGAUGUUGGUGCAUCAAUGGCCACCUUAAAGGGAUUGUUCACCUUCCAAACACUUUUUUCAAUUCAGUUGUUUUUAGACUGUUUCCCAGAAAUAAAAACGUUUUUCAAUUACUUACCAUUAUUUAUUUUUUACUUAUUUUCCAAACUCUAAGGGGCACAUUUACUUAGGGUCGAAUAUCGAGGGUUAAUUAACCCUCAAUAUUCGCCCGUCGAAGUAAAAUCCUUCGACUUCAAAUAUCGAAGUCGAAGGAUUUAGCGCAUUUCCUACGUUCGUACGAUCGAAGAAAAAAUCCUUCGAUCGAAGGAUUUUAAUCAGAAAUUGGUUUGGUAAUAUUUUGGUAACAUUGUACCACGGUAGGUUUUAGGUGGUGAAGUAGGUGGUCGAAGUUUUUUUUAAAGAGACAGUACUUCGACUAUUGAAUUGUCGAAUAGUCGAACGAUUUUUAGUUCGAAUCGUUCGAUUCGAUGGUCGAAGUAGCCAAAAAAAUACUUCGAAAUUCGUAAGUAUUUUUUAUUCUAUUCCUUCACUCGAGCUAAGUAAAUGUGCCCCUUGGUGUAAAGUUGGAUGUUGGUGUCUCUGGUGUUAGAGUCUGGCAACUCAGUAAUUCAGGUGCAGACUCUGAACUGUUACAAUUUACAACAUUUAGUUGAUACAUUAUUCAGCAGUAUCUGGGGAAUAUCAGCAACUAUUCAAUUCAAUUCUAACAGCUGCCUGUAAUAAAAAUCCAGCAGGGACAAAGAUAAGAAAAACCGUUUACAGGGUCGGCGACCCCCCUCUCCUAGAGCUGCUUCAGAAGGUGAAAAAUUACACUUUACUCUUCAAUAUUAUAAAAAUGGUCACAUAGAGAAUAGAAAGUCAUUGGAAAAAGUCGUUAUUUCUGGUGAUCUAUCUGAAAACAACUAGUGGUUUGUUGAACCACCCCUUUAAUAGUGGAUUUUGCAGACGUGGAGUGAGCUUUUCCAUGGAGUUGACUGUCCCAGAAUCCUUUGCAGGCCCAUCUUCUUUUGUCCACGUUGUCUUUUUAUUCUGUAUAUAGGACCAAAGCCUUUAAUGAGUUGGUUAUCUGUGAUGUGCUGGAUAAAAGGGAAUGUAUUUCAUUGGACAUUCGUUUGUUUUGUUACAGGAAUCCUGUAUAUUUAUGGAUUUAUUGCUUCUUCCAUUCCUUGUUUUUGUACUGUCACAUGUGCAUGAAUAAAGUUGUUUGUGAAUUAUG